AUGUCCGACAUCAAAACCGCUACCAUUGACGCUUCGGAGUUGCCCGCCGGUACCAUGAAGAUGGUCGAGGUCGGCGAGGGCAAGGUCCUUGUCUCGAACGUCAAGGGAGAGAUUCUAAAGUCUGGUGUGGCACUCUCGCUAACGCUAAAGUACGGUGCUCCCCUUGCUAAGGGUGUUCUUACGGAGGAGGGUCGCAUUAUUUGCCCGUGGCAUGGCGCUUGCUUCAAUGUGUGCACCGGUGACAUCGAGGACUCGCCCGGUCUCGACUCGUUGUACAAGUACAAGGCGGAACAGAAGGACGGCAAAAUCAUCAUCUCCGCGCCUGAGUCGGAGCUCAAGUCGAAGGUUGGCCGUGUUAUCCCGAAGGCGCGAAAGCCCGUCUCCACGACCGAGAACGAAACUGUUGUCAUCAUUGGCGGUGGCGGUGGUGGUAUCCACGCCAUCGAGUCGCUGCGCGAGCACAACUACGCUGGCAAGAUUGUUCUCAUCUCGAGGGAGGAUGUCACGCCCUACGACCGUCCCAAGGUCAGCAAGGCCCUUAUUGAUGACGCGAAGAAGAUUGAGUGGCGCUCGCCUGAGGUCCUGAAGGGAGACUUCGGCGUCGACCUCAAGCUCAGCACCGAGGUCACUGGUGUCGACACCCAGACGCAGACCGUCUCGACCAAGACGGGCGACAAGAUUAAGUACGACAAGCUCAUUCUUGCCCCUGGUGCGUUCCCCAAGCGCCUUCCGAUCGAGGGCAAGGACCUUCCCGGUGUCAUUACCAUCCGCACGCCCGACGACAUGAAGCCUGUCGUGCAGGCGCUCGGUCCCGAGGCGGAGAUCGUCAUCAUCGGCACGUCUUUCAUCGGUAUGGAGGCCGCCGGUGCUAUCAUCGCCAAGCAGCCGAAGAGCCUGAACGUCGUUGGUGUCGACGAGGUUCCAUUCGAGGCUGUCCUGAACAAGGAGCUCGGCAAGGCGAUCGUCGCCGACAUGGCUGGCAAGGGCGUCAAAUUCCACCUCGGCGCGAACGUGGAGAAGAUCACGAAGAACGGCAACAAGCUCCAGCUGCAUGCUGAGGGCAUCGAGCCUCUUCCUGCCGACAUCAUCAUCAUGGGCACUGGUGUUGGUCCCGCGACUGGUUUCCUGAAGGACUCCGGCUUCCAGCUCGAGAAAGACGGUGGGGUCACUGUCGACGACAAGCUGCGCGUCAAGGGUCACCAGAACGUAUUCGCAAUUGGAGACAUCGCGCACUAUCCCCAGCACCCUGAGGGUAACGUUCGCCGUGUCGAGCACUGGAACGUCGCGGGCAACCACGGGCGCACUGUCGCCGCCACGAUCGCUGGCAAGGAGACCGCGUUCGAGCUCGUCCCCAUCUUCUGGUCCAGCGUCGGCAAGGGUCUUCGCUACGUCUCCACCGGCGUGCCCCACGACGAUGAGUAUCUCGACGGAGACUCUGCUGCCCUCAAGUUCGUCCUCUAUCAAGCUAAGGGCGGAAAGGUCCAGACGGUUGCAUCCAUGGGCCGCGACCCCUACGUCUCCAAGGCGAGCGACCUCAUCCAGAAGGGACGCAUGCCGUCGCUUGACGAGAUUAAGAAGGGCAAGAGCAUUCUCGAGAUCGAGGCCCCACCUACCUUCUCCCUCUUCACUGUCACCUUUGAGCAAAGACAACAGUCUGCGUAG